UAUGGAAGCUGUAUAUAACCUGGGCCGCUGGAAGCCGUCCACUUCAGUUUUUACAUCACUCCACUUCCCCCCUCAUCAUAAUGUCUUCCUCAAAAGCUAUUGGAAUCGACCUGGGCACGACCUACUCCUGCGUCGGUGUCUGGCAAAACGAUCGUGUUGAGAUCAUCGCCAACGACCAGGGUAACCGCACGACCCCCUCUUACGUCUCCUUCUCCGACAGCGAGCGUCUCAUCGGUGAUGCCGCGAAAAAUCAGGUCGCGAUGAACCCAUUGAACACGGUCUUCGACGCAAAGCGUCUCAUCGGACGCAAGUUCGAGGAUGCUGAGGUCCAGGCCGAUAUGAAGCACUUCCCCUUCACCGUCUUCAGCAAGGGUGGCAAGCCUUACAUCCGAGUGGAGUACCGCGGUGAACAAAAAGAAUUCUCGCCCGAAGAAAUCUCCUCCAUGGUCCUGCUGAAGAUGAAGGAGACCGCUGAGUCGUACCUGGGUGGCACGAUCAACAACGCCGUCGUCACUGUCCCCGCCUACUUCAACGACUCGCAGCGUCAAGCCACCAAGGACGCUGGUACUAUCUCCGGAAUGAACGUUCUCCGUAUCAUCAACGAGCCCACCGCGGCUGCCAUCGCCUACGGUCUCGACAAGAAGGUGACCGGCGAGCGCAACGUCCUCAUCUUCGAUCUCGGAGGAGGAACCUUCGAUGUGUCCCUCCUGACCAUCGAAGAGGGUAUCUUCGAGGUCAAGGCCACCGCCGGUGACACCCACUUGGGUGGUGAGGACUUUGACAACCGUCUCGUCAACCACUUCGCACAGGAGUUCAAGCGCAAGAACAAGAAGGAUCUGUCUUCCAACCUGCGUGCUCUGCGUCGUCUGCGUACUGCUUGCGAACGUGCCAAGCGUACUCUGUCGUCUGCUGCUCAGACCUCCAUCGAGAUCGACUCCCUAUACGAGGGUAUCGACUUCUACACCUCGCUCACCCGUGCCCGUUUCGAGGAGCUGUGCCAGGAUCUCUUCCGCUCCACGCUGGAGCCGGUCGAGAAGGUCCUCCGCGACUCCAAGAUCGACAAGGCGAACGUCCACGAGAUCGUCCUUGUUGGUGGCUCUACCCGUAUCCCCCGUAUCGUGAAGCUCGUGUCGGACUUCUUCAACGGCAAGGAGCCCAACAAGAGCAUCAACCCCGAUGAGGCCGUUGCGUACGGUGCUGCCGUCCAGGCCGCGAUUCUUUCUGGAGACACUUCCGAGAAGACUCAGGACCUGCUCCUGCUCGAUGUUGCGCCGCUUUCCCUCGGUAUCGAGACCGCCGGUGGUGUCAUGACUGCGCUGAUCAAGCGUAACACGACGGUGCCGACGAAGAAGUCGGAGACGUUCUCGACAUACGCGGACAACCAGCCUGGUGUGCUGAUCCAGGUGUUCGAGGGUGAGCGUGCGCGCACGAAGGACAACAACCUGCUCGGCAAGUUCGAGCUGUCCGGCAUUCCCCCUGCGCCGCGUGGUGUUCCCCAGAUCGAGGUCACGUUCGACAUUGAUGCCAACGGUAUCCUGAAUGUGUCUGCCGCCGACAAGACGACCGGCAAGUCGAGCCGCAUCACGAUCACGAACGACAAGGGACGUCUGUCGAAGGAGGAGAUUGAUCGCAUGGUCAACGAGGCCGAGAAAUACAAGGCCGAGGACGAGGCCGCUGCAUCCCGCAUCACUGCAAAGAACGGACUGGAGUCGUACGCGUACAACCUGCGCAACUCGCUCACGGACGAGAAGCUGGCGGACAAGUUCGAGGCUGCGGACAAGAGCAAGCUGGAGAACGCCGUGAACGAGACGAUCAAGUGGCUGGAUGCGUCGCAGGAGGGCUCGAAGGAGGAGUACGAGGAGAAGCAGAAGGAGCUCGAGGCGAUCGCCAACCCCAUCAUGCAGAAGCUGUACGGCGCGGCCGGUGCUCCGGGCGGUGCCGAGGGCUUCCCCGGAGGCGGCUUCCCUGGUGGUGGAGCUCCGGGCGGCUUCCCCGGCGGUGCCUCGGAAGACGGCCCGAGUGUCGAGGAGGUCGACUAAACGGUGGUUCUGGACGCAUCUUGACAAUACGCAAUUCUGUACGCACUCACUGUUAGAUAUUUUCAAUCGCAUCUUGUAUCAUAGCUCUUUUGAACGUGUGUGAUUCCUAUUCC